CGAUCCCCGGUGAAGGUGAUCCGAGAGGCAGCGGCGGUCCCGGUGAAAGCGAUCCCGGAGGCAGCGGCGAUCCCCGGUGAAGGCAGCGGCGAUCCCGGAGGCAGCGGCGAUCCCCGGUGAAAGCGAUCCCCGGUGAAGGCAGCGGCGAUCCCGGAGGCAGCGGCGAUCCCCGGUGAAGGCAGCGGAGAUUCCCGGCGAAGGCGAUCCCCGGUGAAGCCGAUCCCCGGUGAAGGCGAUCCCGGAGGCAGCGGAGAUCCCCGGCAAAGGCAGCGGAGAUCCCCGGCGAAGGCAGCGGCGAUCCCCGGUGAAGGCGAUCCCGGAGUCAGCGGCGGUCUCCAGCCAAGGCGACCCCGGGCUGCUCCAGCAUGAAGCUCAUCAUCCUGGAGAAUUACUCGCAGGCCAGCGAGUGGGCGGCCAAGUACAUCCGCAACCGCAUCGUGCAGUUCGGGCCCGGCCCCGGGCGCUUCUUCACGCUGGGGCUGCCCACAGGCAGCACUCCCCUGGGCUGCUACAGCAAGCUGGUGGAGUAUUACCGCAACGGGGACCUCUCCUUCAAGUACGUGAAGACCUUCAACAUGGACGAGUACGUGGGCCUCCCGAGGGAUCACCCAGAAAGUUACCAUUCCUUCAUGUGGAAUAACUUCUUCAAGCACAUCGACAUCUCACCAGAAAACGUCCACAUCUUGGAUGGAAAUGCCCCUGAUCUCCAGGCUGAGUGUGAUGCAUUUGAGGAGAAAAUCAAAGCAGCUGGAGGCAUCGAGCUCUUUGUUGGAGGUAUCGGCCCCGACGGUCACAUCGCCUUCAACGAGCCGGGAUCCAGUCUGGUGUCCAGGACACGAGUGAAGACCUUGGCCAUGGACACCAUACUGGCCAAUGCCAGGUUCUUUGAUGGUGACCUCUCCAAAGUGCCCACCAUGGCUUUGACAGUUGGAGUAGGCACUGUCAUGGAUGCCAGAGAGGUGAUGAUCCUGAUCACGGGAGCCCACAAAGCCUUUGCUCUGUACAAAGCCAUCGAGGACGGUGUCAACCACAUGUGGACGGUGUCGGCCUUCCAGCAGCACCCCAACACCGUGUUCGUGUGCGACGAGGACGCCACUCUGGAGCUCAAAGUCAAAACGGUGAAAUACUUCAAAGGUUUGAUGCUGGUUCACAACAAGCUCGUGGAGCCCUUGUACAGCAUGAAGGAGAUGGGAGCAGAGAGGAGCCAGCCCAAGAAGCCAUACAGUGAUUAAUGUGCUGGGGCAGUGCUGAACCAGCUGCUGAGAACAGCUGGGACAAAAGGGAAUUGCUGCAGAAACUGAUCUCGUAUUUGUUCUUAAAUUAGCAGAAUGAUCAUAUGGUUCCCUCUCUCCAUUGAAGAGACAGAUGCCAAACACCUGCCUUAAUUAACCAAAGGAGGAUGGGAUCCAGUGUUCUGUGUUCCACAAACUUUUGCCACCAACUCAUUCUCUGAAGGAAAUGAAGAAUGAAUUGUUUGAUCUGUGAACUGACUGUAAUCACAGACUGAAGGCUGCAGAACUGAAAUGUGAGGAUAAAUGAAAGCACAAUGUUUCAGAAACAAGUGGGUGAUAACUCUGGGGUGUACUCCUUGCAAUUAGGACAAGUAUCUGUUAUUCCUGCCUCCUCCAUGAAACACUCUUAUAUUAGAAUCCUGGAAAAGAGGAUUGUCCAGCUGGAGAAGGGAAAGCUCAGAGCAGCACCCACAGCCAGGAGAAGGCAGCAGGAAGAUGGAGCCAGGGGGAAGAAGAGAAGGGACAGUGGGGUGGGAGUGGAGACAGGAUGCUCGCGCUGGAGAGGGUAAAACCCCACUGUGGGAACAGAAAAGCAGUGGGACAGGAUCCCCAUGGCUGUGCAGGCUCUCUCCUUAGGAGACUGCCAAGAACUGACUGGAUAAAGCCCUGGCUGAGCCCUGCUUUGAGCCACUGUUGGACUUGAGACCUCCAGCAGCAUCCCCCACACAGGGUCCAGGGUGCAGCUCGGGCACCUGAGGAUGUCACUGGUGUCACACACAAAGCCCUUGUUCAUGUUCAGGCCCAGCUAUGAUUUGCUGUGCCUGGUGCUCUCCAGAAAUUUCCAUUUCUCUGAGGAAAUGCCAAACCAGCCCCAAAGGAAACACUCUGUUUAACACUCUGUCAGCCUCUGUUUAAUUACAGACACCCCACACAGGUGGACAACAGCCAAGACCCCACCAAUUCGGAAAUGCGAUUUCUGUCCAGUGCUCUCACAUAAGGGGCAAGAAAACUGGGCAAACUUUAUUUUCUUUAUACAGAAGUUUUGUAAGUUGUUGAUCUGUAAUGUAACUUUGUUCACUAAAUGUCUUUAGUUUUUUAAAAUGGUGA